AUGGACCCCCACCUCGGACCACCACCUCGGACCACCACCUCACCACGCACCUCGGACACCUUGGACCACCACCUCGGACCACCACCUCGGACCACCACCUCUGACCACCACCUCGGACACCACCUCGGAUCACCACCUCGGACACCACCUCGGACCACCACCUUGGACACCACCUCAGACCACGCACCUCGGACACCUUGGACCACCACCUCGGACACCUUGGACUACCACCUCGGACCACCACCACGGACCCCCCACCUCGGAUCACCACCUCGGACCACCACCUCGGACACCACCUCAGACCACGCACCUCGGACCACGCACCUUGGACCAAGCACCACGGACCCCCACCUCGGACCAAGCACCACGGACCCCCACCUCGGAGCACGCACCACGGACCACCACCUCGGAUCACCACCUCGGACCACCACCUCGGAUCACCACCUCGGACCACCACCUCGGACCACCACCACGGACCCCCACCUCGGACCCCCACCUCGGAUCACCACUUCGGAUCACCACCUCGGACCACAACCUCGGAUCACCACCACGGACCCCCACCUCGGACUACCACAUCGGACCCCCACCUCGGAUCACCACCUCGGAUCACCACCUCGGACCACCACCUCGGAUCACCACCACGGACCCCCACCUCGGACCACCACCUCGGACACCACCACGGACCACAACCUCGGAUCACCACCACGGACCCCCACCUCGGAUCACCACCUCGGACCACCACCUCGGAUCACCACCUCGGACCACCACCUCGGACCCCCACCUCGGACACCACCUCGGAUCACCACCUCGGACCACCACCUCGGACCACCACCACGGACCCCCACCUCGGACCACCACCUCGGACACCACCUCGGAUCACCACCUCGGACCACCACCUCGGACCACCACCACGGACCCCCACCUCGGACCCCCACCUCGGAUCACCACCUCGGAUCACCACCUCGGACCACAACCUCGGAUCACCACCACGGACCCCCACCUCGGACCACCACAUCGGACCCCCACCUCGGAUCACCACCUCGGACCACCACCUCGGAUCACCACCACGGACCCCCACCUCGGACCACGCACCACGGACCACCACCUCGGAUCACCACCACGGACCACCACCUCGGAUCACCACCUCGGACCGCAACCUCGGAUCACCACCACGGACCCCCACCUCGGACCACCACCUCGGACACCACCUCGGAUCACCACCUCGGACCACCACCUUUGACCACCACCUCGGACCACAACCUCGGACCCCCACCUCAGACCACCACUUGA